UUUCAAUGCUAGAGUUCAGUUUCAUGAUAGUUUUAUUAUUUUGAAAUUUAAAAUGGUAUAGGCCUAGUUGGUUUAUGAUUUGGACCUAAUUCGACUACCUUACAGAAAAAUCUUCUUUUUUUAUAUAAAGCUACAUAAAAGUCUCUAGAAAAAAAGAAUACUAUCACAAAUUUAUGGGACGGCAGUCGUAUGGUUUUGGGGGCGUGGUUUGUUCUGAUUGAUGUAAUGUAGGAGGGCUUUGUUUAAAAGAAUAAUACAGUAGCCUACUACAAGAGAAUUGUAAUUCACACCAGUUUGUAUUAUUGAAGAUAAUGAACUACGUUACAACUUAGUCACUCCCAGAGCAAUACAAUUCCAAUUCAUUGAUAAAACACUCGUAAUAACCUACUCUAAACAAACCAAAGACACUCAGAGGUAGGUGGCGCUUCCUAUGAUUGGCAUGCUGCGAGAGAAAAGAGACGCGCAAACUCGAAAUCUCAUUGGCUAGGUUUUAAAGACUUCCUUCGUAAUGGCACUUCCACUGAAGGUUUUAUAGCGUUCAGACUGUGAGUGGCACCACCUCCCCUGAAAGUUCCCCCAACUAGUCAUUCUCUGUUUGUAACAAACGUUUAACUAAUUAUACUACCCCUAAACAGUGAGUCGGGAAUCACGUGUUUUGUUUUAGUUUGGGUUUGGUGUUAUGUGCGUUCGCGAUGAAAUAUUGUGCGGUGACAUUGGUGGUUUGGUGAGGGACAGUGCUUCAAUGUUUGUGUUGUUGUAAACGUCGUUAACUCAAUCUCUGUUUAAGUUAGUUGACUAGUGUGUUCUUGGUUCAUUUACUGAAAUCUCGUUUUUAAGUUGGUGCUUGAAAUCAGUUUUCAUGUGCGGAAUAAGUGAUAAUUUAUAGGUUAGAAUAUUAUGGACGAACAGAAUCGGAUGAUGCAUCCUGUUACUGGUCAAGUAGGUAUGAUGCCACAAAGUUACGGAAUGCAACCUGUAGAUCCAAACCAUGGAGCACCUGCCACUCCAGAUCAAGAUACGAGAAAACAGGAUAUUGGUGAAAUUCUCCAACAAAUAAUGAACAUUACUGAUCAAUCUCUGGAUGAAGCUCAAGCAAGGAAACACACGUUAAACUGUCAUCGGAUGAAACCUUCUUUAUUCAGCGUGCUAUGUGAAAUCAAGGAGAAAACAGUGCUGAGUCUGCGCAACACGCAGGAGGAGGAGCCGCCAGACCCGCAGCUGAUGAGGCUGGACAACAUGCUGAUAGCAGAGGGUGUGGCGGGGCCAGAGAAGGGUGGAGGUGCCUCGGCAGCAGCCACCGCCAGCGCUGCCGCGGCGGGGGGACCUGGCCAGCCUGACAACGCUAUAGAGCACAGCGACUACCGGGCCAAGCUGGCUCAGAUCAGGCAGAUCUACCACCAGGAGUUGGAGAAGUACGAGCAGGCCUGUAAUGAGUUCACGACCCAUGUGAUGAACCUUCUGAGAGAGCAGUCACGCACUCGACCCAUCACUCCCAAGGAGAUUGAGCGCAUGGUACAGAUCAUACACAAGAAGUUCUCUUCCAUACAGAUGCAGCUGAAACAGAGCACUUGUGAAGCAGUCAUGAUCCUGCGCUCUAGGUUCUUGGACGCUAGGAGAAAGAGAAGAAACUUCAGCAAGCAGGCGUCGGAGAUCCUCAAUGAGUACUUCUACUCCCAUCUGAGCAACCCCUACCCAUCAGAGGAGGCCAAGGAGGAGCUGGCGAGGAAAUGCAGCAUCACGGUCUCUCAGGUGUCCAACUGGUUCGGCAACAAGAGAAUAAGAUACAAGAAGAACAUUGGAAAAGCCCAAGAAGAAGCUAACCUCUACGCUGCCAAGAAAGCUGCUGGUUGUGUGUUUUCAGGAGCGUCGCCGUACAGCAUGGGCCCCGCCUCACAAGGCACUGCCACCCCCAUGAUGUCCCCCGCUCCCCCCGGGGCCCCGCAGGACAGCAUGGGCUACAACAUCAGCAUGAACGGUGGUGACUACAGCUCACCCAUGUCUGCAUCACAGGCCCCCUACUCUGAUGGAAGCCUCGGAUAUGAGGCCAUGCACCAGAGAGGCUACGUGGCGGGCGGGGGUGUGACUCCCAAAUCCUCUGGCUCACCCCCGCUGCGGGGGGAGGGGUGGAACCCCCCGCGAGAGCAGAUCCCCGACUUCCAGCCCCUCCACCCGGACGACAGCGGAGACUCGAGCGAUCUCGACAUCAAGAGACCCAAGCUCUAGGAUCUCUCCAGAAUUCUCACUUCUUAUUGAUUUAUUUGCUACGCAUAUCAUACACACUUUCUCAUUAUCGCUUUUUAAAAAUUGUUUUUGCCUAACGUUAAGUAAAUAUUAGUUUAAGGUUCUUUUGUCGCUCUGGGUGCCCACAGAUUAGAAUGGAAAAGAGGUUGGUUUAGAUAUGUUAUGUACAGCUUAUGUGGUGCUAAUCUUCCCUUUGACUGAUUAAUAAGCAAGAACUAAUGUAACAGUACAUAUUUAGUAGUUAGAUGAAACUAUACAUUAAGUAAAGGGAGUGCAAGUUAUCAGAUUUUAAAUAAUAAAAUAUUUUGUUAAGUGUCUCAUUUUAAAAUUUGUUUGUUGACUGCAAGCAGUUUUAUUUCAACCUUGCUUAGUGGUGGUUUUUAAUUCAACAAACUUUGCAAACCGUAUUAUGAUGGUUUAGAUAAUUAAAAACUUAAUCUGUGGACACCCAAAAUGCACACAAUAGAUAUCCAGAGUUUAUCUAACAUUCAGUCGUACAAUUCAGUUAUUACUAUUUUAAUAGUUCUCAUAAUGUUGAGCGUCACAACAGAUGGUUUUAUUGGAACUGUCAGUUUGAAAAUUUUGAAAGACUUGGCGUCAGUUCGAGUUAUACAUGUGCUUAGAUCUCGAUUUGAAUGUGCUUUUCUAUUUUAAUACCUAAACAUAUUGUUUUUAUUAGUGAUUUGAAAUGUUUACAAUGCGUGUUAUCAUGAUUAUUGUUAGUGGACACGAGCUGACAGUUUCAAGUGUUAUUUAAGUGGUAGCGGCACGCCCCGGUCAUCGGUCGUGCCGUUGUCUUUCGCAAUAGAGCUUACAGUUGCAAUCACCAUGUAUACGUACAGCAUACACAUCAUUUCUAGUUUAAGUCUGUAGCCAUUGAAGUAUAGAAUUGUGUUCAUCGUAGGAUCUUGUCCGAAAUUGCUCAGUCGAGGAUAUAAGCUUGUAGUUAUUAACGAAUACGUUGUGCCAGAAUUGUUAGUCUUCAACUUAGACUUUAGGCAGUUAAAUCCGUACGAUUCGAAUAUUUCAAUGGCUGGUUGUUGUAUUAGUUUGAUAUAUUGUUUACUGACUUUAUAUGCACUGUCUAAUUGCCUUUUUACCGUACCGUUUGCGUCGGCGUUGCCGCACGACGACGUCAGCGGUACACGUGAUUUAAACUCGGAUAUACCAGGAUUAUACGAUCCACCAUCGAUGUAUACGAUUUUUUAAAUAUAACACAUAAAACAAUAUAAUUAUUCUAAUACUUAUUUAUUAGGUAUAGCUAUCGGAUAAUAAUUAUUACAUUUGAUGUGUGAUAUGUACUUGUAGGCGAGAUUGUUGUGGUGGCAACGGGCUGUCUUCAGUUGAGUAUACGCAUCAUACGACAAUACGGCUGGCAGUUUAUCGGGGGAAAUCUGUGAUAAUAAUGCAACGACGGUCUUUUGGCACAACCCACUGUCAUACCGCUUUUAUCAAUUUUACUAUUCGACUGUAGACUUUUUUUAAUAUUGUACAUAAACAAAAAAGCAACCGUUUUGAUUUAGACGUAAACUGUCAGCUAUUAACCAGUAAGUCUUGAACGGCAGCUUCUCUAGUUGGCCACCCGAUUUGUUUGUUUAGAGUUAACAGCACGCUCACAUUUUAUUUGAAGUAACGUGCAGCUAUUAGAUAAAUCUCGUUUAAGCUUGUACGCAGUUUCAUUUAUGCCUUUUAUCAGUAUUGGUGCUACCGUAGCUACCGGUGCUUGAAGACACGCCUCUAUGGUUGCUUCUCAGAGAGUGAAUGUCAGUCUGCCUGUGGUGUGUAUGAGUUUUGAUUCCUGUUAUACAUCUUGUUUAGAUGCAACCUCGUGCAGAAUUGCACGUCACUGUAUACGGAGUAUUUGACUGUAUUUUCAAUAUUUUUUUUAAUAAUAAAAUGUCCAGAUGAUAUUUUUUACAAUAUGUGAUGUGUGUAAAUAUAAUGCGAGUCCUUUCGCUCUGUUUUAUUCAGUAAGCCUUGACACAUGUUGUCAAAUCUUGUUUUAUUUUCUAUCAUUGGCAAUCUGUAUGUAUUGUAACAUUAAGACAAUUUUAAGAUUAUAAACAAUUGAUG